AUAAGUUAUGUCGUACACUGAUCCUCCAUCCUUGACCAUAGUUCCUAUGACAGGGAUAAUGAUCUUCAAUGUCUUUAUAAAUGGAUGCUAAAUUAAGUUUUUCCAUGGUGGAUGAAAGAAUCACUUUUGCAAUUAGUACAAUGUAUGAAAGAGAUGAUUUUGUAAGAACAACCUUUUUUUUUUAUUUGAUUCAGUUUGGAUGUAAACAGAAUGCCCUUCAUUUUCACCGAUGUUUGUAGGUCCUCUGUUUUCAGCAGUAGUUUCUCUGCUCAUUGUACCAUCUUUUUAAGUUUCAGUUUCUUCCAAGUAAAACUCAGCACCUAAAGCAAGCCAUGGAUCUUCAGGAUCAUUUUGAGGGUCUUGCUGAGUUUUCUGCUGCUUACUUUUAUACCCUGCUGUGUCAGUACCUGCAACAACCAAAACUGUUUUUGAUUGUUGCAGGUACUCGUGGUACAAAAUACAAAUAUAUAAUUAGUAGGUUAUGUAGUCAAAUCACAAGACAAACACUUGAUGGUGCAAUGUUUUUCUUUACAGAAACACUUUUCCUUUGAAUUGUCAUGAUUAAUAAAGAAAUGAUUGUGGUUAGAUAACACUGAGAAGAGAUUAGACCAUAAUACUGAUAUGGAGAGCAAAUUGAAGUCAUGAGCUUGGCUAUAGUUUUCUAUACCUAUUUUCAUGUCAUGCUAUAUAUUUGUACAGUACACAAAAAAUCUUUUUUUCAAAUACAUGUUCUCCCAAAUACUAUAAUAUCCCUUUACAUAGAUUUAUCAAGCCUUUUGCUGACUCAUACUACAUGUAACAUACACGAAACAAUGAUAAAGGUGUUAAAUAAAAUUACCUUUUAAAACAACACACCCUUAUUAAAAUUAGUCUUUGAUACUGAGAAGAAAAAAUGAAUGCAAUAGACACUGAAAGUUUAAAAGUAUCUUUAUACUAGAAGACUUAAAGCCCUAAGAGAGCAGACAGACAUAGUUUGCAAGCUUUUAGUACUAUUUAUAGGCCUGGAUCUCUUUACAAAGUCAACUGUAACCUAAAUCCAUGUUUUAAAGCACUGUCUCAAAUAUCAGCUGCCAGAAGCGACACGGCUGUCCUUCAGUUUAUUACAGGCAGCCCAAUGGAGUCCACUGGAGAACAAAGACGAUUUGGUGCCCCUAAAUUCUUGGAAAUUACUGCAAGUAAUUCCUGGGAUGAAGAUGAAGAUGAAAGUAAAAUUAAGCCAAAGUCUUCACCCACUCCAAGAAGAAGGAGUUCUUCAUCUUCAGACGAUUCAGAGGCAGAAGGUCCUCCUGUACUUACAAGAAAAGUUUCUUUUGCGGAUGCUUUUGGUCUGAAUCUUGUCCGUGUUAAAGAGUUUGAUAGCUGGGAUGUACCAACUACAUCAUUCACUGAUACAUUUGAGGAUGAAGUCCCUGGCAGGGAGGAAUAUUUUCUUUCCUCUGUUUUUGUUGUGCCUUCCUCUCACGAUGAGCUCAUGCAAAAACUUUAUGAACAAAAGGUAGAACUGGAAUCCUUUGAGUUUGUUCCUGGAGGUCUGACAGCAAUGAAGGGAAUUAUCCGGGUUUUUAAUGUGUGUUUUGAAAAGUUGGUUUAUGUUCGCAUGACUUUAGAUGCCUGGAACAGUUACUAUGACUUGAUGGCACAGUACGUGCCUGGCUCCAGCGAUGGAGAGACGGACCAGUUUUCUUUUAAGAUUUCAUUAGUGCCUCCAUAUCAAAAAGAUGGAGGCAAAGUGGAGUUUUGUAUACGUUAUGAAACUUCAGUUGGUACAUUCUGGGCAAACAACAAUGGAUUAAAUUAUGUGCUUUUCUGUCACAAAAAAGAAAUCCCAGAGGUAACAAAGAAAGCACAAGAGGAAAACACUGAUAAAAAUAUAAAAAGCUGUUUAAAGACAAUUAACAGUAAAGGAAAUGCCACAGCGCUUGAUGACACAUUGGUUCAGCCAGGGACUCCAGACUUAUCUAAAAAUAAAACACAAGUGGUUGCCAGUGAAACAAUCGAAAACCAAGAAGCACCCCAUGGAGACACCACACAGCUUGAGGGUGAUUAUAAGGAGCAGUUACAACCUCAGAUGGAUCAAAAACAUCCAACACCAAUGAAUCAAAGCAACAUGGGAACCAAUUCAUCAGUUGCAGAAAACCAUAACUCCCAGAUACAUGAUCACUCAUUUAAGAAAACCAAGGUGUGCCAGAUUCAUAGUGAAGAACAGCCAGACAUCAAGGAAGGGACAAAAGCUACUGACCACAAAGUGGGCAUUCCACAAAUUUGGGAAAAGCGCUCCAUUCCUUCUCCAACGUGUGAUGAGAACCAAACAAGUACCAGAGAUAAUAGAAACCCAGAAUCUCUAGAAACAUUUUCUCAAACUUUCCAAGUACAAAGUUGGCAAUGUUCACAAGAAGCUGAAUCAAUGCCAGAAGAUGUUUUGCCUUCAAAAGAAGAUAAAAAUUAUGUAUACAGGGAAGAUGCUCUUCUUGAACUUGAACAAGAAAAGAACAUCUUGCUAGGAGACAAGGUGUUUAGAAGAACCACUGAGGAUGAGGUAUUGGAGGAGCUACUGUUCAUAGCAGAGGAAGAGGAGGAUGCAAAUAUAUUGAAGGGGACAUCUGAAAUGGAGCUGCCAGCAAUUGCCACACACUACCGUAAAUUUAAUUUAGAUCACACAUCUGAAAAAAAUUCAUCUCCGGAAGCCAAAGAUCCAUUUAAAAGUAAAUCAGAUUUAAGUAAAGACAAUGUAACUUCCUAUGAAUAUAAUGUCAAAGAUGAUAUAGUUAUGGAUGCUUCAAAUGAGCAUGUUUGGAAAGACAUAGGAAUUAGUUUUCAUGACGUGAAUAACAGGGAUCAAAAGUCUAGCAGUGCUACAAGCCAAGAAGUAAUAAAGAAGGAAAUCAGGCUGGAUAGUGAAAAUACAAGCAAUAGUUUCCUGGAAGAUGGAAAUCUGUUGGGUUCAGAUAAUUUAGCAUGUUGCAGUAAAGAUAAGGAAAGUAAGGAGACCAUACAAGAAAAUGUUAAAAAAGAAUGGUCAUAUGAUGUAAAGGUAAGUGAGAGUGGUCUAGACAAAAAGCACCUAAUACCCAGAAUUAUGGUUGUGGCUACUGAUGGAGCUCAGGUAGAUAAGCUAUCAAAUAAGCAUGAAUGUGAAUCAAUAUCUGCAAAUAAGGCACAUGAAAAAUCAAGUACAGAACCUCCACAGGAAAAAGAAACAGUCUGCCAAGAAGAUAUAAUUAAAGCAUCUCAACAAGGAUAUACCCAGACAGAACCUCUACAAGAUAUAAUGCAGCAGACAAACGUUGGAAAAGAGUCAAUUUUAGAUCUGUACAAUGAUGAGAACAAUUUACUAGACACUGAACCAGAAAGAAGUACAAGUAAAUAUGAAGCUGUGCAGUACAUAACAAGCAUUCAGGAAACAUAUAUAGGGGGAGAAGUGAGGCCAACAAAAACAUAUGUUGAAAAUACAAAUGAGGUUUUCAUUUUCAGUAAGCAUAAUGCAGGCACUCAAGAAGAAUCAAAUUAUUUUUAUACAGCAAUAAAACCUGAAUCUUCGCUUUCAGGUCAGAUAGUAAAUGUGCCGUCAGAUGACACAAGUACUCUUAUAGAAGAAGACAUCUACACAGGUAUCCAUUAUUCAAUACCUGGCAAUAAAAAGGAAUGCAGUCAAAUUGCAAUAACAAAUGAACCAAGUGAAGAAAUGUCUGUCCAACAAGUCAGUGAAAAGAAGAUUACUACAGAAACAGCAGAUGUCAAAAUGAAUGAUACAACAAAAAACACCACCAGAACCAGAAGGGGAAGGCAGAACACCAUUACACCAUUUGUUAACAAAAGACAGCAUGAAGGCCACCAGCAGAAAUUACUCAACCCAGUCAUCUUAAUUAGUGAGGCUGUAGAUGAAGAGGAUGAAACUGAAGUAGAAACUGAGGCCCUGAAAGAUCACCAGGAACUUUUAGAAGAUACAGAGGAAACUUCAAGUGAAAGUUGGUCCACAGUUGAAAAUGCAGAAAUUAUAGACUCAACUGGCCUGUCUUUGUGGAAUAGUGAGACAUUGAUUUUACACCACAUUAGUAAGGUGGUGCUUUAUUUCCUUCUGUUUGUCGCAUUUCUGGUAACCGUGUAUCAUUAUGAUUUUGUUGGCUGUUUUGUUCUUUACAUAUUUUCAGUAUGCUGGCUGUAUUGUCAGGGGGGCAAACAUAGUGAAUCAUUUUCAAAGAAAUGAUGAAACACAAAAAUUGAGAUACAGGCGUACAGACGUACCAAGGUCUUACAUCCACGUGCAAUUUGGACCAAAUUUUGGGAACUUUGAGUGCCUAAAUUAUUUGUUUGUUUGUAGGCUUCCUUUCACAAACGAUUGUGCAAAUUGCUUUUUGGAUAAAAGACUUUGAUAAAUCUGAGCCAGAAAAGUGUUGCCUGUUAUUUCCUUCUGCCUGGCCCAGUGCCCUGCAAACAGAAGUAUACACCAGUAUUGAAUUCAAAGGGGUGUGUCAGCAUUCUUUUACAAUGAAUUGAAGUCAUAUUUUUCAGAUUGCUGUCUUUAAUAUAAAAAAAUAGAUCAACCAGUAGACAGAGUUA